UGUACAAUUAGUCACAGUCGUAUCCGGCGCGGGACGGUCGUGUGCUCGACGCUCGUACACGGUGUUAAAUCGCGCUUUAUAUAAAUAUGACACCUCUUAUCGCGAGACGAGAAUAACGUUUAUGAGGCUAUUAGAUAAGUGCAUAAGAAAUUAAGGUCCCGGUGCUGAUGGAUAUUUUGCGGAUAGUUGUGUAAAGUGGGUCACUGUUUGUGUUUGUGAGUGAAACUGUGGAAAUAGGGACUAUCAGAUCCUCAAAACGAACACAAUGUAUCGAACGAAACUGCUAGUGUUAUACGCGGCGUGCCUGCUCACGGUGUGCCUGGGUCAGAGGGCUGAGCAACUCCUGGCACAGAACCCCUGCUCGAGCAAGACGACGUGUAGCGAGUGCGCGCGAACCCCCUCCUGUGCCUGGUGUUUCGCCUCCGAGUUCAACGGCCCGAGAUGCUUCAACCCCGCCAUGGAGGGUGGCACUGCCGGCUGCAGCGAGGAGUUCAUCUUCAAUCCCGACAACCAGCAGUCCAUCGACCCUAUGUUCAAUAGGGAUUUGACGAGAGCGAGAGGACGCAUGGGUAUCGGCAUGGAAUCCUCGUACUACGAGGAGUCUUUGAGCAGCAGCAGUAGCAGUAGCAGUUCCAUGAGCGGUGGCUUCAAAGGCGCGGCCGGGGGCGAAAACCUAGUGCAGAUCAAACCCCAACGAGUCAAGCUGCGCCUGAGACAGAAUCAGAUGCAGAAAAUGACGUUCUCGUACGCUCAAGCGCAGGACUACCCUGUAGAUCUCUACUACCUCAUGGACCUCAGUCGUUCCAUGAAGAACGACAAGGAGAAGCUCAGUUCCCUGGGCAGUCUGCUGUCCAGCACCAUGAGAAAUAUCACGUCCAACUUCAGAAUCGGAUUCGGUUCCUUCGUGGACAAACUAGUCAUGCCUUUUGUGUCUACCGUACCAAAGAAACUCAUAGCUCCGUGUGACGACUGCGCGGCUCCCUACGGAUACAAAAAUCAAAUGUCUCUUAGCAACGACACAGAUUUCUUUGAUAUGGCGGUAGCACGCGCGGACGUGUCCGGCAACUUGGACGCUCCCGAGGGCGGCUUUGACGCCAUCAUGCAGGCCGUCGUGUGCAAGGACCAGAUCGGCUGGCGCGAGCACGCACGUAAACUGCUUGUGUUCUCCACUGACGCGGGCUUCCACUACGCCGGGGAUGGAAAGUUGGGAGGUAUCGUGCAGCCGAACGACGGGGAGUGUCACAUGGAGAACAACGUGUACACACACUCCACAACCCAGGACUAUCCCAGUAUAUCGCAGAUCAAUCUCAAGGUGAAGGAGCACGCUAUCAACGUGAUAUUCGCAGUGACGGCGGAACAGAUCGGCGUGUACGAGCAGCUCAGCCAGCACAUCGAGGGCUCCAGCAGCGGCACCCUCAGCGAAGACUCCGGCAACGUCGUCGAGCUCGUGCGAGAGCAGUACAACAAAAUCACGUCGACCGUGGAGAUGAAGGACACGACGAGCGACGCGGUGCAGAUCAUGUAUUACUCAUCCUGUCUCGGCGAUAAGGACAACGUCAUGCAGACCAACAAGUGCGACGGACUCAAGGUCGGCGACGUAGUAGAGUUCACGGCGGAGAUAGUGCUGAAGGAGUGCCCCAAGGACCCGACCAAGUGGCGACAGAACUUCACCAUAUACCCGGUGGGCGUGUCCGAGAGUCUGACUGUCGAGCUAGAGAUGAUCUGCGAUUGCCCCUGCGAACACCCCGGACAUCAUGCGUACGACGACAGCGGUCUCGUGUGUAGCGGGCAGGGCGUGUCAGCGUGCGGAGUCUGCGUAUGCGCGCCCGGCCGGUUCGGUAAAGCCUGCGAGUGCAGCGCGCACGGCGGCGGCUCCCUAGAACAGGAGCGCGGCUGUCGGCCGACCAACGCCACCGCUGGCCCGCUCUGUUCUAACCGCGGUACCUGCAUCUGCGGUGUGUGCGAGUGCAAUAAGAUGGACGAUCCGCAGAAGGUGAUAUCGGGUCCGUUCUGCGAGUGCGACAACUUCUCGUGCGACAUGAACAAGGGCGAGCUGUGUUCGGGGCCGACGCACGGGGAGUGCGUGUGCGGCAAGUGCAGCUGCCGACCCGACUACACCGGACCCGCCUGCCAGUGUCUUAAGGACCAGAAGCCGUGUAUAUCGCCAGAAAAUGGCAAGAUCUGCAGCGGCAACGGCAAGUGCGUGUGCGGGCAGUGCGUGUGCAACGUCGACGAUAACAGACACUACUCCGGCAAGUUCUGCGACAAGUGCCCCACAUGCCCCGGUCGGUGCGAGGACUACAAGCUGUGCGUGCUGUGCGAGGUGCACGGCCGCGGCCCGCUCUACAACGCCGAAGCCCCGCCCGAGAAGCGCUGCGGUGACUGCGCAUACCUGCCUGAAGUUGUAGAGGGCAAGAUCGAAGCCAACGAGACGAUAAACGAGCACCUGUGCAGCUUCUACGACGACGAGGACUGCCUGUACGUGUACGUGUACUCGUUCAACGACGCCCAGCGCCUGCGCAUCCGCGCGCAGAAAGACCACGAGUGCCCGCGCAAGGUGUUCAUCCUGGGCAUCGUGAUGGGUGUGAUAGCGGCGAUCGUACUGGUGGGUCUGGCGCUGCUGAUGCUGUGGAAGAUGGUCACCACCAUCCACGACCGCCGGGAGUUCGCGCGCUUCGAGAAGGAGCGCAUGAUGGCCAAGUGGGACACGGGAGAGAAUCCUAUUUACAAGCAAGCGACAUCUACAUUCAAGAACCCGACGUACGCUGGAAAAUAAACAGGAGGUUAUUAACGAUUGUACGAUAAGUACUAAAAGUAUUUGUUCAAAAUGCUGCAUUUGAAUCUUUUUAUUUGACGAAGUGAUAACGAAAGGAGUUGAUUCUCAUUCAGCCUUCGAAAUGUGCCUUUUUACUAGGUAAUAUAAUGU